AAAAAAAUCCUACAAACACAAUCCACAAUACAUUAACCACAAGAAAACUAAGUUCUGCAUCCUCUUAUCUUUCCAAGAAACCCUUCAUUACUUCUCGUAAACCAAUGGGUCAUGGUACGAAUAGAGUAGAAGACAUGGCGUCUCCCAACAAUGGAAACACUGCACCUGUAACGGCAAACGCGAGAGAAACGAUCGUGGAGAUACAUAGCGUUUGUCUUCCACCGAAGAAAACAACGUUUCAGAAACUGAAGAAGCGUUUUGGUGAUGUUUUCUUCCCUGAUGAUCCGUUAGAGAGGUUUAGGAACCAGACAUGGAGAAACAAAGUGAUUCUUGGCCUUCAAAGCUUGUUUCCUAUAUUCACAUGGGGUUCUCAGUAUGAUCUCAAGCUUCUUAGGUCUGAUGUUGUCUCUGGUCUCACCAUUGCUAGUCUCGCCAUUCCUCAGGGAAUAAGUUAUGCCAAGCUAGCAAACUUACCACCCAUAGUUGGUCUAUAUUCAAGCUUUGUGCCACCACUUAUAUACUCAGUUCUUGGGAGUUCAAAACAUCUUGCAGUUGGUCCUGUCUCAAUAGCAUCACUUGUUAUGGGCUCAAUGCUAAGUGAAAGUGUUUCUCCAACACAAGACUCAAUUCUAUAUCUCAAGCUGGCUUUCACAUCAACCUUUUUUGCUGGUCUCUUCCAAGCCUCCCUUGGCCUUCUUAGGCUGGGAUUUGUGAUUGACUUUUUGUCAAAAGCAACUUUGAUUGGCUUCACUGCUGGUGCUGCAGUGAUUGUGUCACUUCAACAGCUUAAGGGUCUUCUUGGAAUUGUUCAUUUCACUGGCAAAAUGCAAUUCAUACCUGUCAUGUCCUCUGUUUUCAGCCACAGAUCUGAAUGGUCAUGGGAAACAAUUCUGAUGGGUCUUGGCUUCUUGGCCAUUCUCUUAACCACAAGACACAUUAGCAUGAGGAAGCCAAAACUUUUCUGGAUAUCAGCUGCAUCACCUUUGGUAUCAGUUGUUAUCUCAACUCUUCUUGUAUUCCUCAUCAGAAACAAGACUCAUGCCAUCUCAUUUAUUGGACAUCUACCAAAGGGUUUGAAUCCACCUUCAUCAAACAUGUUGUACUUUAGUGGUACUCAUCUUGCUCUUGCCAUCAAGACUGGUAUCAUCACAGGGAUUCUCUCUCUUACAGAAGGGAUUGCUGUAGGGAGAACCUUUGCAUCUCUAAAGAACUAUCAAGUUAAUGGGAACAAAGAGAUGGUGGCUAUAGGUUUUAUGAACAUGGCUGGUUCUUGCACCUCUUGCUAUGUCACCACAGGGUCUUUCUCUAGAUCUGCUGUAAACUACAAUGCUGGAGCCAAAACAGCAGUUUCCAACAUUGUGAUGGCCUCAGCAGUUCUUGUGACCCUUUUGUUUCUGAUGCCACUAUUCUACUACACUCCUAACUUGAUCCUAGCUGCUAUCAUCUUAACCGCGGUGAUAGGCCUCAUUGAUUACCGAGCAGCUUACAAGCUAUGGAAAGUUGACAAAUUCGAUUUCUUCACUUGCAUGUGUUCUUUCUUUGGUGUUCUUCUCGUCUCUGUACCUCUUGGCCUAGCAAUAGCAGUGGGAGUUUCAGUUCUCAAGAUCUUGUUGCAUGUUACAAGGCCAAACACUGUAGAAUUUGGAAAUAUCCAAGGGACUCAGAUAUAUCAGAGUGUUAAAAGAUACAGAGAAGCUUCAAGAAUCCCUGGUUUCUUGAUUCUUGCUGUUGAAUCUCCAAUAUACUUUGCCAAUAGCACUUAUCUACAAGAAAGGAUCUUGAGAUGGACCAGGGAAGAGGAAACUCGUAUAAAAGAAAACAGUGGUACUACUUUAAAAUGCAUCAUUCUUGACAUGACAGCUGUGUCUUCUAUAGACACAAGUGGGAUUGAAGCUGUGUUUGAACUUAGGAGGAGGCUGGAGAAGCAAUCACUUCAGCUUGUGUUGGUGAAUCCUGUGGGGAGUGUCAUGGAGAAGCUACACAAGUCCAAGAUCAUUGAGUCAUUGGGGCUGAGUGGACUUUAUCUAACAGUUGGUGAAGCUGUGGCUGAUCUCUCGUCAACAUGGAAAGCUCAUGGCCAGAUAUGAAAUAAAGCAGUCUCUUAUGAAUUUGAGAGACUUUGAACUUCUAAUGGAUGGUUGUUUCUGAAGACAAGACAAGGCAGCCUCUUGAGAAACAAUUUUUGGUGCUAGCUGUUUCGGUUUUAAUUGUAUGAUAAUAAUAAAUGUAGUUUCAUCUUUAACAUAUCUAUAUGAGAAUCAUAAUUUAGACAUGAUACAAAGCAUUACUCUAUAUUUCCUAUAAUCAUUGAUGAAUCUCUAGUC